CAAAUAUCAAAAAUGUUCGUUAAUUUAUUACAAAGAGUAAGUGCGUCUGCAAUUAGUACAGCGCAAUUAUUGUUCACCAGAGAAGCUCACGUUUUCAACCGUGCCGUGAUUAAAGCGAAGGUUCGUACCCAUUUCCCAAAACCACGUGAAGUUAAACGGAUUAAUGUUCACGGUUGGGAGCAACGCAUGUCUACACCAGGAGGACGAAAAAUAAUAAUGCGACGAAUUUUGUUAGGAAAACAUUGUCUUUCCCAUUAGGUUUAUUUAAAACGUGCAAUUAUAUAAACAAAUGUUUGAAGCAUUUUUCAUUAAAACUUAU